AUGUAUGAACUUCUGCGCUUCCGUAUGGAAUUCUGCAAUUGCACGAAAUCUUGGUCGACAACUAGACCGCGUGGCAAUACGGAUAAGAUAAAUCUAUCCGUAUCUUUGGCGAGCAAGAAAACCCCUCACAAUUCCACAAUUGGUGCAUCGGCAGAUCAAAAGAUCCAGAAACGCCUGUUGACAACUUUUACCAAUAAGCUUGAACAUAUCGUUUCGAGACUGAAGGAGGAGAAGCUAGAGGAAAUCCCAAUAGAUCCCCAGGCACCGCGCAGUAUAGUAAAAGAAAAUGCCAGUAGGUUAGAAGAGGGUAUUAGCGCGAUUAACUCGGCUACCGUCAAAGUAGAGAACGUUCUCAGCAACUUUGCAUCAAUACUUGAUAGGUUGGAGCAACCCUCGGAGAAAGAACAAGAAGAUUUUGAACUAUAUCUAUGCAAAUCCGAAUCAGCGCUAUCUUGCGCCUUCGACCUUAUGGUAUUGAUGCAAGCGCGACUACAAGCACUAACUUCCUGCGUAGAUACAGCUCAAUCAUAUUCAGCUACUCCGCAUGAUGUAAACAGCUCUUCGUUAGCAAUGAAUCAUCUACAGACGAAGCCAGUAGAGCUUCCUUCUCUCCCCAUCCCGACCUUUGGGGAUAACAUAUGGGAAAGGGAUAACUUCUGGGAAUUAUUCAAUAACAAUAUACACUCCCAGCAGUUACCGGAAAUGGUAAAAUAUAACUACUUACUCAAUGCUUUGAAAGGGGAAGCCAGGGACUGUAUAAGAAAGUUCCAGGUCACUAAGGAUAACUACUCCAAGGCCACAAACUUCCUACUUGUGAAAUACGAUAACAGGGAAGUCCUAAUUAAGCAGUUGGUAGAAAGACUGUAUAAGUCGGUAUUACGAAGUCCAUCAAUAAAGGACCAACGUCAUCUUCUCGAACAACUACAACUGAUUGUAGCCCAGUUGACUGAAAAGAGAGAAGAGGUCAAUAGCCCAUGGCUAAUAAAAAAGGUGUUAGCCAAUUUUCCCGAUUCGGUCAAGCGGAAAGUGAUUGCCAAAAAGCAAGAACUAUCCGCAGACGUUCCGUUUACAAUGCAACAUCUCUUUAAGUUCAUAGAUGAGAUACUGUCCACGGAAGAAAUGUUCCUAUCCUGUUCCUUUCCGAGAAGAGUUCUCCAAUGCAACAGAGACAAGUGA